AUGCCUGGAGCUAUCAAGGGCCCGAGUACUUUGUACGACAAAGUCUUCGAGCAGCAUAUCGUGAGUAGCAUAUGGAAGUACUGGGAAAGCGGGGUCUGACAUUUGUUUGUAGGUCGACGAAAAGCCAGACGGCACAAUCAUCCUCUACAUCGACCGACAUCUAGUCCACGAAGUUACAAGUCCCCAAGCAUUCGAGGGCCUCAAGAAUGCCGGACGACAAGUGAGGAGACCAGACUGCACUCUUGCGACAACAGACCACAACGUGCCAACCACACCGCGAAAGAACUUCAAGAAUAUCAGCCAAUUCGUCGAGGAGGAUGAUAGCAGAUUACAAUGCGAGACCUUGGAGCAGAACGUAAAGGACUUCAAGUUGACCUACUUUGGUCUUGGCGACAAGAGACAAGGUAUCGUCCACGUCAUUGGACCUGAGCAGGGCUUCACUUUGCCCGGGACAACGGUGGUCUGUGGCGACUCGCACACCAGCACCCAUGGAGCGUUCGGUGCUCUGGCUUUUGGCAUUGGAACCAGUGAGGUGGAGCAUGUCCUUGCUACGCAGACCCUCAUGACCCGGAGGAGCAAGAACAUGAAGAUCCAGGUGGAUGGUGAGCUCGCUCCAGGUGUCAGCAGCAAGGACAUUGUUCUUCAUGUCAUUGGCAAGAUCGGCACUGCUGGUGGUACUGGCCACGUUAUUGAAUUCUGUGGAUCCGCUAUUCGAAGCUUGAGUAUCGAGGCGAGAAUGAGCAUGUGCAACAUGUCCAUCGAGGGAGGCGCUCGCGCUGGCAUGGUCGCGCCAGACGAGAUAACUUUCGAUUACAUCAAGGGCAAGCCGCUGGCCCCCAAGGAAGACUCGGCCGAAUGGAAGAAGGCCAUCAAGCAUUGGUCGAGCCUGAAGAGCGAUCCCGAUGCGAAGUGGGAUGCCGAGAUCUUGAUUGAUGCGAAGGAUAUCGCGCCCACUGUUUCUUGGGGUACAUCGCCGCAGGAUGUGAUUCCCAUCACUGGCAAAGUUCCUGGACCAGACGACUUUGAGGACAAGGCCAGGAAGCAAGCAUGCGAACGCGCCUUGGAGUACAUGGGCCUCACAGCUGGUACUCCAAUGACGGACAUUGUCUUGGACAAGGUCUUCAUUGGCUCCUGCACCAAUUCCAGAAUUGAGGACCUCCGCGUGGCCGCUCACAUUAUCAAGGGCAACAAGAUAGCGCCCAUUCUCAAGCGCGCCAUGGUUGUUCCAGGAUCUGGUCUCGUCAAGAAGCAAGCCGAGCAGGAGGGUCUCGACAAGAUCUUCACUGACGCUGGAUUCGAGUGGCGAGAGGCUGGCUGCUCUAUGUGCUUGGGCAUGAACCCCGACAUUCUCUCUCCUGGCGAGCGGUGCGCAAGUACCAGCAACCGCAAUUUCGAAGGGAGACAGGGUGCGGGUGGUCGAACACACCUGAUGUCGCCAGCUAUGGCAGCAGCUGCAGCUCUUGUCGGAAAGCUUGCGGAUGUAAGGAAUCUUGCCGGCUACGAACAAGCCCUGCCUAGCGCCAAGACCGCAGCAAAGACAGUUGCAACGCACGUCGAAGAUCCAGACUCAGACGUCGAUCUGGACAAGAUCAUGGACGUCCCUGAAUCGAACAACAAUCCCCAGUCAAAGGCUCCGUCCGGCACAUCUGCGCCCGGAAUGCCCAAGUUCACACAAUUGAAGGGCAUUGCUGCGCCUCUGGACCGCAGCAACGUCGACACAGAUGCCAUCAUUCCCAAGCAGUUUUUGAAGACCAUUAAGCGUGCUGGUCUGUCGAAGGGCCUCUUUCAUGCGUGGCGAUUCAACGACGACGGCACCCUCAACAAAGACUUCGUUCUGAACCAAGAACCCUAUACCAAAGCUAAGAUCCUAGUCGUUGGCGGCCCUAACUUUGGAUGCGGUUCGUCACGAGAACAUGCUCCUUGGGCUUUGCUUGACUUUGGCAUCAAGUGUAUCAUUGCCACAUCCUUUGGUGACAUCUUUUACAACAACACCUUCAAGAAUGGCAUGCUGCCACUGAGGAUCGAGGACGAACAAGUCGUGCGGAAACUGUUGGACGAGGCCAAUGCCGGCCGAGAGCUUGAGGUUGACCUAGAAAACAACGUCGUCAAGGACGCGUCUGGCAAGGAGCUGGCCAAGUUUGAGACCGACGAGUUCCGAAGACACUGCUUGUUGCACGGGCUAGACGACAUCGGCCUGACCAUGCAAGACAACGAGAAGAUCACUAAAUUCGAGAAGCGCAGGACUGAGGAGACGCCCUGGCUUGAUGGUUCUGGAUACUUGUCUAGGCACCGAACUGGAGCUGUGAAAGUGGAAGCCGCUCCAGUGCCCAAGACCAACCGUGGGGAGGAGAAGACGGAGCCGCUUGAGUGGUAG